AUGCAGAAUCUGAAUAACUUUUUCAACCCAAUUCGCGAGGGAUUACAUCUGUCAAACACCCAAUACGCUACGCUGCAGGUUGCGAUUGAGCAAGAUUUUGACCCUGGCUCGGCGGCAAAGGAUAUCAGCGGUAGUGAGGGCUUCAGCGCGAUGAGUUCUACCGUCGGCAUUCUAACAGGAUGGAUGGGUCCUGUCGGUAUUGUCAAAGACAAUGUUGGAGCCACAACCGCAUUCGAAGAGCUUUUCACUGGUGCAGCACGCAGCAUCACAGCUACAUUGCAAGCAAGCGAUGUCAGUCUGACAAAUAUAGCCGAGGAGGCCGAAUUAGUUCAUUCCUGUUUUGGGCAGAACCUCCACGUAUUGGAGGAUCUGAAUAUCAAUCCUAUGGGAAGAGGACUCAACUUGAACGAUCCUUUCGAAGAUGGAUACUUUGUUGACUACACUAAGAUCCCUUCCCUGGACACAGAUUUGGCUUUUCCCAUUGCAAAAUCACAGGAUACAGCAGACUGGCUUUUCAAGGUAGUCCUGGGGAACCUGGCGAAUUCUACCUGGAAAAGGCAGGGAGCUUGGAUCCCGUCGAUUCCAAUGACUGCGGCUGAAUGCGAGGGAAAUGAGCCUGGAAAUGGUCACUUCCUCCAGCGUCUUACAAAUCAAAAAUCUGCUCUAGGAUUUGAUGGAUGGACGGCGACUUUACCAGAAUUCUGGGGAGAGAUGGAAGAUAAGUAUGGAAUCACUCCGUGGGAUGCCAUUGAAAGUUCGGUUGAAGCCUAUAAAUCUAGAGGAUUUGGCCCUAAGCCCGAUAUACUUCUUGGAAAUAUACUUGAUUCACGAGGGAGCAGCAACGUUGAAGCGUUUGCCUCCUUUCCCGGAAUCUUCUCUUUGCCCAUUUGCGACUUGGGCCAGGUCUUUCGAAGUCGGGGAUUUACCCUCCUGGAAUACAUGGAGUACAUUGAUAGACAUGAUUUCAACUACAAUGAAGAUGUCGGCACCGGAGGGAACUGUUACUACGUAUUCGCCAAGGAUGAACGUGGAAAGUGGCUUUCGGAGAACUACCUGUUUGAUCCAAAGUGCUAG